AUGACCAGAUGGACGGAAGUUUUUCCGGACCUUGGCGCAUCGAUUCGCUUCUGGGCUGAGACCAAUCAGGUGUCCAAAGAGUGUUGGCCGUUGCGAGCUCGUCACCAUCUCUGGCAUUGCUACCCGGUUCGUAUGCCCGCCCGCCGGGAUGAGUUCGUCCAGGAUGAUGAGGAGGAGACCCGCCCGGUGAAGAAGUCUGCGCCGGUGAAUGAUUCUACAUUGGCACGGGGAAGCCGCCGUGUCUCUCCCCGACACUUCAUCAAGGCCAAGCUCGCCGCCAUCGCAAAGAAGAACGUGCUACGAAUCACGGACUCUCGCGUCGCAGACAUCGUGGCCGAGUCCAACAGAAACGUCAUUCACCCCGCCGACACCGCGAUGCAGCAUCUCCUGAUGCUGCACCACCACGCCAAGGCUAUCAACAACACCGAGCUCACCACCCGCGCCGACGACUUCAGCCAGAGCGGAGCCAGCGACUUCAGCCAUACCGAACAAGCCGACUCCGCAUCGUCGCACAAUUGUCAAGCAGGCACAGCGCCUGAAGAACGUCGAAAGGGCCUGUUUGCUCCUGUUCAAGGCCAGUGCGGAGCACAUCGAUGUGCUUGGUCGGCUGGCCCAGUCCAACAACGGCGGCACCUACUAGACCGCUCUUGGGACGCAUGGGAUUUGGCAUUGGGCGUUGGUCGAGAUUGA